AUGGGUGGUUCAAACGUAGCGGAAAAAGGAAAAAUGAAUGGUUUAGGCGGUAACGGAAGAGGAUGGAAGGUUGGUAAAAAUUGGAGUAUCAAAGAGCGUUUUGAAUCAUUGUGGAUAGGAUGUAAUUUACCUGAUCAUCAAGCAUGCGAUGAACUAUGUAAACAGGAUUCAUAUUGGUAUGGACAUUGUUCUACGUGGAAUGGACGUGAUUUCACGUGUACAUGUUAUCAAUAUAAAGUACCACUUGAUGGUAGUUUAUGUAAAGAGAUGCAACAAAUGUGCAAAGAAUAUUGCACUAAAAAGGGUCUGGAAGGUGGCUAUUGUUAUGUGUAUGCUUCUUGGAAAGCUCCAAAUGGAACAACUGAAUGUGAAUGUUUCGAAGAACUUUCACAACCUCUUCGGUGA